AAUGUCUUGCCAUGGCCCUCAAAGGUAAAGCACGGAGCCAGUCCACCUGGAUCAUGUCGCGUCUGCUUCUCCCGUGACAACCGCGGCUCGGAUUUCUUCAGCCAGGGAUCAUCAUGCCUAUCACUCUGCUCUGGGCGGUGGAUGUGUACGGCAGGGUGUACAGCCUGUCCACAGCCAGCGAACGCUGGGAGCGAGCUGAUGAUAUGCUGCUGGAGCUGAAGAGAGUGUCUGCGGGAAAAGGCCGAUGUUGGGGCAUAGGCUGUGACCAUCAUGUUUACCUCAAUAUAAUGCCCAGUGAAACCCCCAUUCGCUACAGAGAAGAGACCUACGAAAACCAGAGGUGGAACCCUGUGGAUGGCUUCACUGAUGUGCUAUUGCCAACUGACCGCUGGCCUUGGAGUGACGUAACAGGAUUGAACCAGCAACCUCUUCACAGCUUCCAGCUCCCGUCUCGUAGCUGGGAAUGGGAGGGGGACUGGUAUGUCGAUCAAAGCUACAGUGGAGAACCCAGUGAAACAGGGGGCUGGGAGUAUGCUGUAGACUUUCCAGCUAACUUUUCCCCAGAUAAAAAAUGGAAUUCUUGUGUCCGCCGUAGGCGCUGGAUACGUUACAGAAGAUACAUUGCACCAGGGAGCUGGGCAAAGAUUCGUCUGGAAAACCCUAGAAAAACACCACUGCCACUUUGCGACAUCAGCUGUGGUGGCUGGGAGAUGAGUGACCAGUCUGGAAGGUACCCAUACCUCUGGGGAGUGUCACAGCAGGGCCAGGUGUGGUUCAGGGAGGGCAUUCAACCUCGGGUCCCAGAGGGCACAAGCUGGGAGGAGGUGGAGGUCCCUAAGGAGGUGGCUCAGUUAUCAGCCGGCCCUGGAGACCUGCUCUGGGCUGUGCUUUGGGAUGGGAACCUCUUGGUCCGGAUUGGCCUCAGCCUGGACAGCCCAACUGGCACAUCAUGGACUGAAGUUGAAUCACCAGUAAAAGAAGUAGAGGUCUUGCAUGUAUCUGUGGGGGUCAGUGUGGUGUGGGUGGUUACUAAAGACUAUAAGGUGUGGUUCAGACGAGGGGUGAACUCCCACAAUCCUUGUGGUUCAGGCUGGAUCAGUAUUGGGGGAGAAAUGAUGAUGGUCGAUGUUGGCCUCAAUGACCAGGUGUGGGCUGUGGGUGAAGACAGAGGUCUGUAUUUUAGGAUGGGUGUGACUCCAUUUGAGCCUAGUGGAAAUGGCUGGAUCCCAAUUUCAGCCCAAUGGGGAAGUAAAAAAGAAGUUGGUCCACAAAGAGAUGAUCAGCUGACCGAGGCAUCCCAAGGCUCUGUUUUGAGCUGCACAGACUCAGACUCAGAGCUGGGUCCAGUAGAAGCACAGAGCAGCACUGUUGACACGCCUGUCCUUGAAGCAGCUCACCCCUCUGUAGUGCCUUUGGGAGGGGAGAACACAACUGAAGAUACCCCUCAAACUGCCCCUAGACCGUUUAUCCCUGCCAGUGACAGCUUUAUCAACAGCCUGGUUUCUGACCGCGACAAAACUUCUACAGCUCAACCCUCUAUUUUAGAAGUUCCCCAAGAGGACACUCCUGACCCCUCCCCUGCCCCUGUACUCCUCACUCCAGAUCAUGCCUCACGUGACCUGCCCUGGAGCAACGUGGACCUGGAGGGGGCAGAAGCCGUGCGCACUGCCCUGGCAGCAGGUAGCACUUUGAUGGACAGUAGCACAGGUGUGUUGGCUUUGGAGAAUCCUCAAAGAGUUGGAGAAGAAGAUGGACCAGUAUGGGCUUGGAUCUCUGGUGGAGGCUGUGAUGUGGAGGCAGAGUCUAAAGUCAGCUGGCUCAGUCCAACAGGUAUCCUCACCAGCUCCGUGUCACUCACUCCUGUCCAGUCCGCUGCCUGGAGCGAAGAGCAUGAACGCAGAGAUGCCACCAGCAGAAAGCCCCUGGAGAGAAGCAAUUCCAUAUGGGUACGUAAAGGUACUCUGCGCUGGUGGAGGGACUGGAAGCCUCAGCGCUGGGUGGAUGUGAGUGUCGCUUUGGAGCAGUCCACCAAGUCUGAUGGCAAGAAAGACAGCAUUUUCUUUGUCUACUACACACAGUAUGAUGAGAAGAAGUACCUACAAGUAUUUAUAAAUGAAAUCACAGCAUUGGUACCAGUCAUCAGGGACUGCUACUAUGCCUUUGCUGUGUACACUGCCCAAAGAAUCAAGCAGAGGUGGCCUUUGGUUCUCGCUGCACAAACUGAAAAGGACCUGAAUGACUGGUUGUCCCUGUUGUCUGACUGUUGUUGUGAAUGUCGAGGGAUCAGCGGUCCUCCAUCCAGACACGCCCUUUGGUCCACCACCUCAAAAGGAGACAUUAUGGUUCAUGAGCCUUCAUUCACACUGGAAUCCCCUGCAACAGCACUCUCCUGUGAUCUCAUGUUCUGGCGACAGGUCCCAGGACACCUACGCUGUGUAGAGUCUAACAGUCUGGGGCUCGUGUGGGGCGUCGGGUGGGACGGCACAGCCUGGGUCUACAUGUUUUCAGGAGACACAGCUGAGAUACAGCAGCAGACUGAUGUCAGAAAUGUGUAUGUGUAUGAAAAUCAAAGAUGGAACCCCAUGACAGGAUACACAGACAAGGGACUUCCUACAGAUCGCCCGAUGUGGAGUGAUGAAAGUGGGCUAAAGGAAUGCACAAAAAGCACAACACACCCUCCCUCUCCGCAGUGGUCCUGGGUUUCGGAAUGGGCUGUGGACUACAAUGUCCCAGGGGGCACAGACAACGAAGGGUGGCAAUAUGCAGCAGACUUCCCCGUGACAUUCCAUGGGCACAAAACUAUGAAAGACUUUGUCAGGAGACGACGAUGGAUAAGAAAAUGUAAGAUCACCCUGCGAGCACCAUGGCAGCAGGUCCCGCCCAUCCCUCUAAGUGACAUCUCUCUGAUGUCCUGUCUGGCUCAGAGCAGGAUGGAGCAUGUGCCUGUGUGGGCCAUCAGCGAGAAGGGGGACGUCCUGUGUCGACUGGGAGUGAGCCCUCAAAACCCUGCUGGAAGCUCCUGGCUGCAUGUGGGCACAGACCAGCCAUUUAAGUCUGUUUCUAUUGGUGGAGCCAAUCAGGUGUGGGCUAUAGCCAAGGAUGGGUCUGUGUUUUACAGAGGAUCAGUGUCACCUCAGAACCCUGCUGGAGAAUGUUGGUAUCACAUUCCUUCUCCUCCUCGACAAACUCUUAAACAACUUUCAGUGGGGCGUACAUCAGUGUUUGCUGUGGAUGAAAACAGUAACCUGUGGUAUAGACAGGGUCUGACCCCAAGUUACCCUCAAGGUUCGGCCUGGGAGCUCAUCUCCAAUAAUGUCACUAAAGUCUCUGUGGGCCCUCUGGACCAGGUGUGGACCAUAGCAGAGGGGGUGCCAGGAUUUCCUGUGGAGUCUCCUGGGGCUAUAUGCCACAGAGUCGGGGUUGGACCAAUGCAGCCAAAAGGACAUUCAUGGGACUUUGGUAUUGGGGGCGGAUGGGAGCACAUCACUGUACGAGGAAAUUCAGCAGAAGCACCUCGAACACACCCGCCUCCUUCUGGCUCUCCACGGAGCCCUGUUCCGCAGCGCCUCCCAAGACUGGAGAAUGGCAGUGCUGUGGGCGUGUAACCACCUACAUCUUCCUCCAAGG